UGUGGUAGUACAACAAAACCUAUUUCAGCGCUUAGCCUAUUAAUUAUCUGAUGACGUGAUAAGAUGAUUGCAUAAUUCGUUCUUAUCUGUUGCAAACGAUAAAAACAGAGAAUGAGUUGCUGUUGUAGUACAGAAGAAAGCCUUACAAUGGCAAGUGACAUACCGAAGGUAGAAAGCUUAAUAAAUGAAGCCGAGAAAGCUUUUACAGAAAAAUUCAAAAGUAAGCCAGACGUGGUGGUAUUUGCACCUGGAAGAGUGAACUUAAUAGGCGAACACACCGAUUAUAACGAUGGUUUCGUUUUGCCUAUGGCUUUACCUCUGGUGACAGUUGUGGUAGGAAGCAAGAAUAAUACUGAUACCUGCCAUGUCUUGACAACUAACCAGCAAUGUGAUGCACCAAAAGAAACUGAUUUUCUUAUUCCGUCUAAGCAGUCUCUUCAGCCAGGGUCACCUAAAUGGGCUAAUUAUGUUAAAGGAGUUGUUCAGAAUUUUAAAGGUGCAGUCCCAGGCUUUAAUGCUGUCAUUUCUUCAAGUGUUCCACUUGGCGGAGGUGUUUCAAGCAGUGCUGCUCUAGAGGUUGGAGUUUAUACAUUUCUGGAGGCGCUUACAGGAGAGAAAACAAACCUCCAAGACAAGGCGUUAGCAUGUCAGAAAGCUGAACAUACAUUUGCAAACAUGCCUUGUGGCAUUAUGGACCAGUUUAUUUCAGUGAUGGCCAAAGAAGGCAGUGCCUUACUUAUUGAUUGCAGAUCAAUGGAAGCAACUAUAGUUCCUAUCAAUGAUCCAAAAAUUGUUAUUUUAAUAACAAACUCAAAUGUUCGGCAUGAACUGACGGGUAGUGAGUAUCCAACUAGAAGGAAGCAGUGUGAAGAAGCUGCAAAACUGCUUGGAAAGAAAAGCCUGAGAGAUGCUAAAUUAAGUGACAUUGAAGUGCUACAGCAGAAGAAGGUUGAUGAAGAUAUUGUGCGUCGUGCCAGACAUGUCAUAGGUGAAAUUAAUAGAACUGAACAGGCAGCAGAGGCAUUGAAGAGCAAAGAUUUUACGUUAUUUGGAAAGUUGAUGUUGGAGAGCCAUGAGUCUUUAAGGUCAGACUACGAAGUCUCUUGUGCAGAAUUAGACCAGCUGGUGAAGGCAGCUACUGAGGUGAAAGGUGUGCUUGGCUCUCGCAUGACUGGUGGAGGGUUUGGAGGCUGCACAGUGACACUGGUGUAUAAAGAUGCUGUUAAUGAAGUCAUAAACAAUACAAAAAAGAAGUACAAAGGAAAAGCAACAUUUUAUGUAGUCACCCCAUCUGCAGGAGCUACAGUUGUGAGAGGAAAGUAAUAUCAGUGAAACCAUAUACUGCCAUGACAGCUGUAGAAUUGUUAUAUUUGUGAGCACUUGUUUUGGGCUACAUAGUGUUGCACAUUUAGUCAUACAGCAAACUAUUUCAGAUUUUGAAUAAUUGUAUGAAAACUAUUACUAGACUAAUUUUUAAUGUAAUUAGUACAACUGAUGAAGUCAUAUCUUGUGUGUUAAAUCUUAAGGUUGAAAAUAUGGGAUUAGGUGGUGUUUUACAAAAGGCACUAUGUUAUUGAUCAGUUAGAAGUGUUUCUCUCAAGGAGUUUGCCAUUUUGCUUAUUAAACUAUUACAAAUAUUUCUCUUCACUCUGCAACAAAGUGUACAUUAUAGGCCAUCUUAAAGCAAAUUAUAUGAUUUUCCAGACCAAUAA